AGGCGUCUGGGCACUGGAUCCGUUAUCGACUGGAGCCCGUACGAGAAGAUUUUCAUCCUUGCGUUUGCUAAUGUACCAUGGCAGAUCUGCGGCAACUUGCGAUCGAAACCUUGCGCAACAGGCGACUUAUCAAUGGCUGCUCUGGCCCUGGCUCGUGGGGCUCUGACUGCGGUGGUAGGGGGCGGCUUGAAAACUCCGAAGGGUCUGGUCACUGGUGAGAGUGAUGGCCCUGACUCUACCCCAGCCCAUUGUGGACUUGGCAUCAUGGCAAGGUCGAGAAAGCCAGGUUUUCAUCGCGGCCAAGGGCUUAUUAAGUUUUAUCGACCGAGGCUACGAGCGGGCGACUUCCACCUUGGAAUUGUUUGUUCGGCGUUGCCGUUUGUAGAAACAAGGCGGCAACAAUGGCAUUUCCAUGAUAUCGUCGGUUGGCCAGGUGGAGGAUCAUCCCACUCAUGGGUGAAGGGCGAUAAAGCGCACAGGACCCUGGCGGAAGAUGACAAGACGCAUUGGAGGGCCGAAUUGAGGGCCAACGUGCCGUUGACGCGAGGUGCAGAUAGAGUUGCCCGUUGACAGCAGCCGAUCCAAUGCCGUGAGCUGAUCGUUUCCCAGAGUGUUAGAGAGCCGUGGGCGUCGUCCUUUGUCGAGUCUUAUUGCACUGUGCAGGGUGCGCUGUCUUUUUUGGUGCUUCCUCUACUGCCUGGACCACCACGACCACGUCGUGACUGUUGCACCGCAGACGCAUCAGCCAUUGACUCUUUCCGUACAAGCCACACAGGUCACAGGUGAGGUGAUGCCACUGUGAUUGUGGGAGGACG